CUGCUCCCGCUCCAGCGUCCGCCUGAGUCACGGCGGUGCGUGCUCCCGAGCCUCUGGGCCCCGGCGCGGCUCGCGGAAAUCGGAUCAACCCAUUGAGGAUGUCUGAGCACCGUGAAGACAAGCCUCACCCAAGCGAUUCAGAGCGAACUCUGGAGGAUGGUGUAGACGGGACUGAUGAAUCCGUCCGGAAGAGGAUCCGGCAGAGCACUCCCAGCCCACAGAGACUGCCAAGGCCGCAGUCCAGCCCUCCUCGCUUUGUGUCUGUGGAUGAACUCAUGGAGACUGUCAAAGGAGUUACUAAUAUGGCGUUGGCCCAUGAGAUUGUAGUGAAUGGGGACUUCCAGAUAAAGCCCACAGAGCUGCCAGAAGACAGCUUGCAGAAGAAAGUCAGGGAGAUUGUCCAUAAAGCCUUCUGGGAUUGCUUGAGUGUCCAACUAAGUGAAGAUCCACCAACUUAUGACCACGCCAUCAAACUUGUUGGGGAGAUCAGAGAGACCCUCUUAUCUUUCCUGCUGCCUGGUCACAGUAGAUUGAGAAACCAGAUCAGAGAAGUCCUCGAUCUGGACCUGAUAAAGCAGGAGGCGGAGAAUGGAGCCCUGGACAUUUCCAGGCUGGCUGAAUUCAUCAUUGGGAUGAUGGGAACGCUCUGUGCCCCAGCUAGAGAUGAGGAGAUUAAGAAACUGAAGGACAUUAAGGAAAUAGUUCCCCUUUUCAGGGCAAUGUUUUCCGUGCUAGACCUAAUGAAGGUAGACAUGGCUAACUUUGCUGUCAGUAGCAUUAGGCCGCAUCUCAUGCACCAGUCAGUUGAAUAUGAAAGGAAGAAGUUUCAAGAAUUUUUCGAGAAACAACCAAAUGCCCUUGACUUUGUCACCCAGUGGCUAGAAGAAGCCUCAGAAGAUCUUAUUAAUCAGAGGAACAAAAAUUCCCUGACAGCUGGGGAGGGUGCUCUGGGCCCCGAGGAGAUGGCCGCACCGUGCUUUCUGACCAUUCAGAACCACGCCUACAUGAAGCUUCUGAAGUGGGACCAUCUGCACCGACCCUUCCCUGAAACUGUCCUGAUGGACCAGCCCCGCUUCCAGGAGAUGCAGCAGGAGCUCGAGAGGCUCAGCGUAGUGGGGGCAACCUUGCUGGUCACCUAUAGUGCCUCAGCCCCAGGAGUGUCCAGCCUCGCAGGCUUUGCUGAGAAACUCAAGAUGGUUGUGCAGGUCCUGCUGACAGACAUGCAUCUGCCAGCCUUUAAUCUGAAUGAAGCCCUUGCCACCAUUGGGGAGAAAGUGUGCGUGGAGGUGGCUGGCUGCCUGGCCCAGUGUGGAUUCACCCCUUUGAGUGUGGACAAGGAGAUCGCCCUCAAAGGACAGAUCCAAGCAAUUGCCAGCCCUGAUGACCCCAUUCGCAAGCUUGUGGAUGCCAGAAUUCAGGCCUUUUUGGAGGCGUACCUUGCCUCUGGUCUCCAGAGGUCCCUCCCCGCAGUUCCUGGGGGCUUAGGCCCUAUCCAGAAAGAGUUGGAAGAGGUGGCUGUCAAGUUUGUACGUCUGGUCAACUACAACAGAAUGGUCUUCAGUCCUUACUACGACGCCGUCCUCACUAAGAUAUUCAAGCCAGAGGGCUCCCGUGUCUCCAUUGGCUUGUAGAGGGCCCCGACCCCUGCCGGCGGCAGCAGCAACACUGUUUAUUUAGUUGGCUACCCACCCCUCUCCUCUACUGUAGCGUUGCUUUGGAAAAUGGCUUUCUCUUUAAUACAUUCCUCUUUCUCAGUAUUGACGCUAAAAGGGAAAACGUGUCACCGUAGGACAACAACAAAAGAGAUGAUUGUACACCGAAUUCCGUUCUGGGGGGGGCUGGACGUACUUAUGAGUGAAUGUUUACAAGCUGAAGGAACUUCCGUUCUUGUGAGCUCUCAGGAGAAAGCUGGGCUCAGAAGGAGCUGAGCUGACACCACCUCUUCCAUGUCAGGAUAUACCUUUGCCGCUGGAAGGCUCACCAUCUUUCCCGGGGCCAGGGUAGCUUCUGCUCUAGACAUUCAGUGGGCAUAGGCAGGAAAAGUUCAAGCGAGCUCGGUGUAAGAUGCUUGCCCCUGGAGAGCCCUGAGUGGAGCUAGACUACAGGGAAAAUUACCUCUAGCCUUGCUGUUUCUCCUGGUUUUCCUGCUGGGGAUGCUCCGUCCCAGGCCAAUUGGGCCCUCUGGGCGCUGGAAGGAUUCUCAUUUUUCUAGAGAAUUUUUUUCUGGUUACCAGGACAUCACUUUUUGCCAUAGAAUGAUCCCCAAGCCUGGAUUAUGGCAACUCAGACCCCUGGGGCCUGGAGAAGAGAAAUUUCUUCGACUCUUUGGAGUGCUUGGAAUUGGGGUUAAUUUUUAGGGGGGAAAAGAUGCAAAUUUGAUAUCUCUCCGAAGAUGGACAGAAGAGGUAGGAUUUUCCCUUGAGACUUAGAUUGAGAUCUUACUUUCCAGUACAAUAGAGAGGCUGGGAGUGAUGAGUCCUGGGGUCUUGGGGUGAGGGCUGAAUUUUCUAAGCUCACUAAAUGCUCCUCAAUUCUUGCAGAUGAGGUUAAAUGGGACGCGUACAACCUUUGUCCCAGAUGCCGCACUAGCUUUAGAGACUGUCCUUUGAACCUGCUCCCUGGGCAGUAAAUAGGUACCAUGGAGAAUACCAUGGAGGCUUCUCUUUGCUUGGGGUCCUGCGCUGUCUCAUGGGCUUGACAUUUUAAAUAUAUGUACUCUGUAGCCCAGCAUUGGCGUUGCUGGUUGGGAGGUACUCCACUGCUGGCACCCACCUGACCUGAGACCUGGGAGCAGGACCGGCCUCACUGUCCCCUAGGUGUCGGCUGUGAUGCUGUAAUCAGGGACAGGAUCCCUGUUCCUUUUGUGUCUGAGAUUUGGUUCAGCUCUGCUCCAAUGGUAUAAAAGCAAGAAUAAGCUGUAGUAAUGGGGCUGUCCUGCUCUCAAAGUCCAAAACUCCCCUGAAUCGCUCAGGUUCUAAAAAUCUCAUUCAAGGCAACUUUUAAAUAACUUCUCGUGGAAUUUUUGGGGGAAAUAGAGAAAGGAUAGGAUUUUAGGGCUAAAGCAGACCAUUGACCAGCAGGAGAGGAACCAGGAGCUUUGGGAAAUACUGGGGAACGGCUCCAGGAAGGCCCCGAUGCUGGAGGGCGGGGACUGAGCAGGCUUAGAGAAGCAGCCAGUUUGAGCCCUGGGAGGUGGUAGGCAGGUAGGUGUUGCAGGAAGGGAGCCAGGAGGGAAGCAAAUACCCGAGGGGGUUGACACCCAACCCGCUGGAUCAGCCUAAAUCCUACCCGUUGGCAUGCAGACUUCAGAAGUUCCCAUAGUUUGCACAAAGGAGUUGGGUGAAGCCCCAGGAGCAGAGGAGGAAAUAGACAAAGGUAGCAGGUGACGGCUUUAGAACAUGAAAUUCAAACAGGGCUAUCCUUUAGCUCCCAUUUCUUGUUGGAAGAGUGAGGGGGAAAAAAGAGCAAACUCGGCAUCAGUAGAUUCCGGAUGACUGGGCGAUGAGGGCCGAAUAACAGGACCCUUUCAGCCACGAGGCCGUCUGUCCCUCUCGCCCUCUCACAGCCCUAGAUAGUGCCUCUAGAAAACCCAGCCAUUGUGCACUAGGUCUGCCCUUUCUAGCAAAGCAGAUCUUCGCGCAGGGAAGCCCCAUUCUCAGAAUGCUGCUUCUAUAUGCAUAAAGUAAAUUAAAUAGGGUUACAAAGGAAAGCAAUUACAAAUGCUACUAUCAAAAUAUUAAAAAAAAAAAAAACAAACCAAGUUUGAGGACCCCAGGUGGACGGUCUGCACGUUGUUCGAGGCAGCAUCCAGGUGACAGAGAAUGGGGGUGUCCGUAGGGGAUCUUGGAGGGAAAGGAGCUCCUGUGAAAUCCUCAUUCAUACCAACAAGACCCCCGAGGUCUCUGCUUCCACCUCCUGGUUGUGUAGAUGAAGAAACAGGCCCAGAGAGGGGAGUGAUUUGUGCAGGGUCUUGGGGGUCAUUAUGCAGCAGAGCCUGGGGUCCAACCAGGUUCUUUGACUCCAAAUCCAGGGUGUUUACUUCUCACCCAGCUGCCUCAAAAAUCCGUAGCUCCCCAAAUGAAACUGCUGUGUGAUAAAGAGGCAGUGGCAGGCCCGGAGGUGGCUUCUGACAGUGUAGCCAUGCCGGCUCAGGGUGGGGGGAUUCUUUUAAAAGGCCAGAGGGAUGGGGGCCAGUGUUUUGGAGUGAUGGACACAGAGGGAGGUCAGACCAAGCAACAUUAUGGAACAAAGAAGUCAGGAGCCUUUCUUUUCUGGUUCUGGUGACUCCCCCCAGCAAAAGGGGAACUCCCCAAUGGAGCUGCUUUCUGGGCCUCUGUUCUGGUGGGUAAUUCUCCCUCCUGACAGUUAAGGCCCUAACCUUCUCCCCCCGAAAGUAAUACAGCUACCAGAAUGAUGCAGAUGACUUUUGCCCUGUGGUUCUGGUUGAAGGUAGGGGCAAAAAAGAUUCUUUUUUUUACCUUCCUAAAGUAUUUUGCGUCCUUAUUCAUUGCUAGUGAUUCCUCAGGGGUGAAUGUGGGAUGGUUUGGAGUGUUGAUGCCUAGGGAGAUCACAGGAAGGUUGGGGAGGCCGGCUGAGCCCCCUGGGUGCCUGAAACAGGCUGGCUGGGGAUACUAGAGUCAUUUCCCAUGCAAAGAUGAGUCAGCCUAGAUGGUCACUGUGGGCUCUCUCAACACUGAGAAUCCAAAUGUCUGUGGGGUUUCCUGAUGCCUUUUCAUCGGUGGUUUUGUGGAUUAGUUUUCUUCUGGAGUUCUCACGGAGUUAACAUUGAGAUGGGGUGAUAUUACAAACCCUUUAGCCGUGAAAGGUUUUCAGUUAGCUAAAUUGGGUCAUUGCACAGUGACAACAAACCAGGCCUGUGCUGACUGAUGCCAUGGUGGGGGGAGGUGGAGGGGGCUGAAUUCUUUUGUCUUUUAGCCCUUUCUGGAAAUGGCCAAGCUCGCCUUGGCAGGGACAGAGACUGGUAAUGUGGAAGGAACGUUGACUUUGGAGAGAGGACCUGGGUUCCUGAUGCUUCCUACCUGUGAGACCUGGGGCAGGUCACUCGGCCUUCAUGGGCCCCUGCCCUGGAAAACACUGGCCUUGGACCAGAUGACCUCCAGAACCCCUAGCUCUGGGAUCCUGGGAUCAGUGGGCAUGUUGCAGGCAUGUGAGGUUUUGUUUCAGGAUCUGUAAAAAUGGAGUGGGAGUUAUAAGAAGCAGGCCCCUAGUGGGCAAUGGUCGGAUAAGUGAAUGAUGGCCAGCAGCACAGGGUUUAGAGGUGGGUGAUGGCAAUGUUCUUGUCCCCAUUUUGCUGAUGAGAAAACUGAGGCUUAGGGAGGAGAAAUGACUUGUCCAAGGUCAAUACAUCUAAAAAAGGGUCAAGGCUGGGACUCAGAGCCUCAGGUCUUCAGACUCUAUGUGGGGUGUUUUUUUCCACUCUGCCAUAUGCAUAGUAGUAGCUUAUGAUCUCAUUUUGUUUAUUUCUUAAUUUGAUUUUUUCCGUUAACAAAAUUUUAUUUUUUCUCCUCUCCACCCUCCUGGGAAAGAAAGGCAGAAAAACAGAGCUCUUUAAACAAAGAUGCAUAGUCAAGAAGAAUAAAUUCCUACAUUGGCCAUGACUGAAAAAUGUGUGUCUCCUCCCGCACCCCAAGUCCACCACUUGUCUGUCAGCAGGUGGUUCCUUUCUUUUAAAGAAAUGCUGCAGUUCCAUAGACAGGAUUCUUUGUGUGAAUUUAAAAUCCAAGUGGAAAUGUCAGUGUAAAGACAGCAUGGAUGUGGGUCAGUGUGAAAAUCAUAGAUUUAUCAUUGGGGUGCGACAGUGAUGUCCAAUGAUGAAGGCAUCUAAUAAUGGCUGUCCCUGGUUCAUAAUUAGAGCUUCCAGGGGUCCCCAGCUUUUGCUGGGAAAGGGCCCCCCAACCUUGCCUGGGGGUAGGAGAAUGUACUAGCAGCUGGAGGUAAAGUCACCUUAGAAUUCACUGAGUCUUCAUUUUUACAUACUGAAUGCCUGAAGACCAGGAAGGUAAAGUGAUGUUUGUUCGAGACUGCCAGAGUAGUAAGAGUGCCACAUGAAGGUGUUGAGUGGGGAAGGAACACUAUUGUCAGGUAAGACCUGGGGAGGCAGGGAGGCCAGGCCUGCUGCUGCUGACUCUGGACUCAGCUGUGAUGCUUCAGAAAGCACAAUUAGACCCUUCGUUGUGAGGCAGCCCCGUCUCAAGCUCGCUGGCAGGAGAAUCGGGAAACCAGGGCUUUGGUUCCAGGCUUGUCCCUUGACUUUGCUGAAGUCAGUCACUUGGGUUUUACCAUCUGUAAAGUGAAGGGACCGUGUGACCUCCAAGUCCAGUGGAGCUCAGACACACACACAUGCUUGAUGUAUGACUGAUUCUGUUAUUUGAGUUAUACUCUUCCAUCCGCUUUCCGCUUGACCUGCUCCUCAUUCCAGGGCUGCAGCGACCCUGUUCCCUUUGCCUCGGUCUCUCCUUAGCCCCUCUUCCUCUUCCUAAUCCCCCCUUGUCAACAAAGGGCCAUGUUAACCGCCCCACACUGGCCUACCCUAAUUAACUGCCUUUGCCAAAGACAAUGGUGCAGGCCUUCAGAAAACAGUGCUUAGGCCUGUGCAUUAAGUGCCCAUAGGGCUGGGUUCAAGAUGUCCAAUUCAGAGGUUGGUCUGAGUAACAGAAUUUUCAGCGAGGUCUGCUGUCACGGGAGAGUUUGGUUGUACUGCAUACUGCGAGAUGAUGGCCAAAUCUCCUGCAUUGGGAAUUCUGUGGGGCACUCCUGGUCUGGACUUGAAAGAUUGUUGCUUGAAUUGUGGUCCAUGGUAGGAAGCCAUGGAAACUCCCAUUGAAGACCAUUCCCUACGGGUAAAAACCAACAAUACUGCUCUGCGCUCCGACACCCAGUUAGUGCUAUUACUUAGGUACUCAUUGUAUGACUAGCCUCUGGAAGAUUUGCACCGAGAUGUAGGUAAGAAUGGCCCCACAGGGCAGAUGGCUUUCAGUCUACACUGGUGGAACAGGUACUCACACCAGUGAGAUCGUGGACCCACCUGACCUGGGAGUAUUUAAGUACAAGUUCUUUUCUUAUAAUUAUUGGCAGUUAAGCAACCUUACUGGGUUCUAAAAAAUAUCAGCUUCACUGAUCCACAGAAUUUUGACCAGAGCAUCUCCUAUUAAUUAGGUUUCUGGAAGAUGAGUAAAUGUAAGUGAAUAUCAACUGCCUGAAAAAAUAGAUAAUAGGUGUUAUAAUUCUCAGGUUUUUUUUUAGUGUGCCACCACGGUGGAAUUCAAUAAAUAUUUACUGAUUUAAAUGUUUUACUAUUUAUGAAAUACAUUUCAGGGCUGGUUUAGGUAUGUUAGCUUCUGGAUGUAAAUGCCAGAGCUAAUCUGAUUAGCUGGUUAGAAGGCAAAUGAACACAAUGGUGGCUGAGGCUCAUUGCCAAGAAGGAAAUAUGAAUUGUUUAAUUUAGUAUUCUGAAAUCCCAACAACCAUUUCAUUGGCUAUUUAAACAAAUCGUUCACUUUAGGAAUAAGAUUGUAAUCAGAAUUAAUUUGUAAACUUCAUUGUUCUUUGUCAUCUGAUUUAUAGUUGUGGCAACUAAACAAGUAUAGAAAAAUUAAAGGCUCCUAAUCAUCACCCCAACACUAAUGCUGAUGGAAGUGAAUGAGGUUAUUUUCUGUCUUCUUGUUGGAACCAUUAUGAAUUGACCGGGUAGCUUACACAGUCCUCUGUUUUGCCUGUAAAUUAGUUAUGUUAGUCUCGUGAACACCUUGUUUGGAAAAAUAUUGUUUCUUGGGCAACUUUUCAGGUCUGACAGUAACCCGUGUGAAAAAGCUCGUGUCCACAAGAGGGCUAAUGUGAUAGCACUAUAGGGGCCUGAGAGUUAAACUUUUAAAGAGAAGUUUUGAGUUACCAACUUGCCGAGAAAUCUUUAAUGUUGAUUGUAAAUCAGUUUUUGUUUACAUAAGAAUUCAGUUAUCAAAUAUUCAUAAAACUCUACAAUAGCUUCUGAGUUAAAACAUUAGGAAAAGUUUUCUUCCUAUUUGAAAAUGAACAAUGUCUGAAGCAAAAAAAGCCUAGGAAUAGUUACUGUAGACACCAUCAUAAAUAAAUAUAAUCCUAGAAAUCUGCAUUGGCCCUGAUCUUCCAAAGGUCAAUCUCCAAGGCCAGUCUGAAAGGCCAGUGGGCAUACUUUACUUAGCUGCACUAUGUUCAUUUUGGGUUUGUUUGGGUUUUUUUUUGUUGUUGUUGUUGUCGCCUUCUUAAAAAAUUUG